AUGGCCACGCAGACCGAGGGCACCUUUGAGGUGGACGGCCAUAAACUUCACAGCACAACAUGGACGCUGACGCUGCACCAUCAGCCCGAGGGCCCUAUCAAGGCCAAGCUCGUCUUCGUACACGGCUUCAGCGACCACGUGGGGCGGUACGACGAGCUCUUCCCCAACCUCGCCGGCCGCGGCAUACAGGUCUUCAGCUGGGAUCAGCGCGGAUGGGGCCGCAGCGCCGCGACCAAGUCCGAUCGGGGCCUCACGGGCCCGACGUCGCGCGUCCUUGCCGACGUGGCCGCCUUUAUCAAAUCCAAGCUCCCGUCGCCUCCUCCGGACGCGCCGCUCUUCGUCAUGGGCCACUCCAUGGGCGGCGGCCAGGUCCUCGCCCUGGCCAGCGACCCACAGUACCACGACCUCGUCGGUCAGGUGCGCGGCUGGCUUCUCGAGAGCCCCUUUAUUGCCUUCACGCCCGGCGAGGAGCCGAGUUUCCUAAAGGUCUUCUUCGGCAAGCUCGCGAGUAAGGUCCUGCCCAAGCAGCAGCUCGUCAACGAGAUCCCCGCCGAGCACCUCACGCGCGACAAGGCGGCGCAGCAAAGCAUCCGCGACGACGACCUCAUGCACAACACGGGCACGCUCGAGGGGUUGGCGGGCAUGCUGGAGCGGACGGACCAGCUGGCGCAGAACAAGCUGACGCUGAGCGGCAAUGUCAAGAGUCUCUGGCUUGGUCACGGCACCGAGGACAAGACGACGUGCUUCAACGCCAGCAAGAAGUGGUUCGGCGCGCAGACGACGAUCGAGGACGGGCAUCAUAAGCCGUACGAGGGGGCGUAUCAUCAGCUGCACGCGGACCUGUGCAAGGACGAGUUCUUCAAGGACGUUGGGGAUUGGAUCCUCGAGAGGGCUGGAGAACCUGCGGCGGCGAAGCCUGAGUCCAAGUUGUAG